AUGGAAGCUGCUAUGAAUUUGUACAGUACAAAUUGUGGUGGUGAACUCAUGGAAGCGCUUGUACCUUUUAUCAAAAGCGUUUCCGAUUCUUCUCCUUCUCCUUCUCCCGCGUCUGCGUCUGCGUUUCUUCACCCCGCAGCGUCUGCGUUUUCUCUCCCUCCCUUCCCCGGAUACUACCCGGAAGACUGUUCGACGUUCAUGGCCCAACCGUUUUCGUACGGGUCGGAUCUCCAGCAAACCGGGUCGUUAAUCGGGCUCAACAACCUCUCUUCUUCCCAGAUCCACCAGAUCCAAUCUCAGAUCCCUCAGAAUCAUCCUCUCCCUCUUCCUCCGACGAACCACCAGAGCCACAACAACUCCUUCUCGAACCUUCUCGCUCCGAAGCCGUUGCUGAUGAAGCAAUCCGGAGUCGCCGGAUCUUGUUUCGCGUACGGUGCAGGCGUUCCGCCGAAGCCGACGAAGCUGUACAGAGGCGUGAGGCAGCGUCACUGGGGGAAAUGGGUGGCUGAGAUCCGUUUGCCGAGAAACCGGACUCGUCUCUGGCUCGGGACCUUUGACACGGCGGAGGAAGCUGCGUUGGCCUACGACAAGGCGGCGUAUAAGCUGCGCGGCGAUUUCGCCCGGCUUAACUUCCCUAACCUACGUCACAACGGAUCCCACAUCGGAGGCGAAUUCGGCGAAUACAAACCUCUUCACUCCACCGUCGACGCUAAGCUCGAAGCUAUUUGUCAGAGCAUGGCGGAGACGCAGAAACCGGCGAAAGCAGCGUCGAAGAAACGUGCCUCAUCGAAGAAACCUGAGACUGUUUCGUCGCCGGAUCUAUCGGAGAAAGUCAAGGCGGAAGAGAAUUCGACGAUCACUGAAUCUCCUCCGGCGACGACGGAGUUUGUGGAGUCCGCCGGAUCUUCGCCGUUGUCGGAUCUGACGUUCGCUGAUACGGAGGAGCCACCGCAGUGGAACGAGACGUUUUCGUUGGAGAAGUAUCCGUCGUAUGAGAUUGAUUGGGAUUCGAUUCUGUCUUGA